AUGGCGAUCUCCUCAUGUCGCCGCGGUGUCAACAUUUUCACCAGCGGCAGCUACCAUCAGUUAGUGGCCAAGAGCUCAUAUAAAGAUCUGAAUGGGAUUACAGCGCAUGAACCAGGCCUUCAACUUCAGACUGGAACCGAGACGGGUGGGAAGGAAAGCAAACAUCGAGGUCAUUAUAAACGACGAAGCUCCAACUUUUUUGCAGCAACCACAUCGCAAAAAUAUUUCCACAUCGCUGCAUGCUAUCAUAAUGGCGACGCAUUGAAUCCAUUUAUUCGGUGGUAUCGUGCCGUGGGUGCUUUGACCAUUAUUAGGGAUGCCUUCUCCCAAGAGCAGUCCGGUAUUUCGUGGGGGUCAUUGAUUGAACCCAUUUUCUCGCCUUCUUCUGACAGUGUGAAGGGCACACAUGGUCCCUAUACAUUCUUCCAUGGUUCUACCGUCAAGCGCAUCCCAUUGUCAGUGAUUGUCGAUUGCGAUGACGAUGAUGGGGAAAUUCAAACGGCAAGUCACAGCGAGUUUGGAAACGGGUUAAUGUCAAGACCGAUGCAUCGGGGCGGCUAA